GGUUCGAGCCACAGUGCAAGAACAAGAAGGCGGACUGGCUGUGAAUAGCUUUUGGAAGAGGGAGUGAUACAGCAAACAUUGGACUAGCUAACGUUAGCUAUAACAAAGACUUUUCAGAAUGGAUUAACCCGUUUUGCGAGAGAAUUAAGUGGAUAUAUUCUCCUAAGGACAACCUUAUAUCGGUAAAGGAUUGCUUGUUUUCAUUUUUUGCUUCUGAGAAAUUCAAUAAUGCAACUCACCACAGUGUGUGGAUAGUGAUGGAGCUAACGUUGCACUUCUGUAUCAGCUUUCGCUUUGAAUGCUUACUCAGUUUGUGUUAUAAGAAUUUAUCAAUUAUAACAAUUUACCUAUUGAGAUAAUAUAGUACAACGACGAAAUGCUGGCUUGUAUGUGAGAACAUACGCGUCUGUAACUGGCUAGCAAGCCCAUAAGCUUAUGUUAGACUAGCUAACAAGCUAGUUAGCUUGUUAGCAUUUCGGCUCGUCAACUGAUUGUCAAACGCGAGCAUUUUCCGUCACGAGGGAAGACGUUUAGAAAUCCCCAAAAGCUAAAUGUUUGAACCUUGUCUUUAAAACAGAUUUAUUUAUUGUCGGUUGAUAUUAAGUUAUUGUUAAAUAUCAGUUUUUGUCAAAACGGCUGCCCUAACGAAGUGUAACGUUAUCCCCUGGAAUCUUUCAAAAUGCACCAUCCUCAUUCUGCAGGAGACUCUGGCAGCGUCAGAAAGAUGGCGCACCCGGCGAAUUUUCCUAGAAGGGGUAAUGUUAGCAACAUGAACACCGGCGCCGGGAGUGUUCCCACGUUGUCAACACCAACUAGUUCAGCUGUUAGCAAAUGCCACGUUCCCACUGAAGACUACCAAUCCCCCCUAUUGAUGCAGUCUCAACCUCCUGUUGGAUCAUCCUCCCCUGGGCCUCAGCACCCUCCCCACAGCCUUAACCUGCACUCCCAGCCACAGCCCCAGGCUCUCUCCUCUGGGUCUCAGAUAAUGAUGAAGAAGAAGAGUGGCUUCCAGAUCACCAGCGUGACUCCAGCACAGAUCUCUGUGAGCACCAACAACAGCAUAGCGGAGGACACAGAGAGCUAUGAUGAUCUGGAUGAGUCUCAUACAGAGGAUCUGUCCUCUUCAGAGAUCCUGGAUGUCUCCCUCUCCAGGGCCAAUGACAUGGCUGGGGGCGCAAGGAGCUCCUCAGAGGAGACGCUGAAUAACUUUCAUGAGGCGGACACCCCUGGGGCUAUCUCCCCCAACCAGCCCCCCCACUCCUUGCCCCAGGGUCCCCAGCACGGAGGGAUGGUGAACGGAAAUGUGCACCACUACCAUCACCAGAGGCAACAUAAUCACCCUCAGCAGGCCCUGGCUCAGCCUCCUUCCUCUGACCCCCACUUUACUCCCACCUCUGGAGGGGCUGGGGGUGCCCUAAAGAUGCCUUUGACCAUGGAGGUACCUCUGGAGAAUGUUUCAGUGGGUUCUCCCAGUGUUGCUACUCAGCCUGUAGCAGCUGUCUCUCUCCCUGGAAUGCACAGCUCUGCUGCAGUAGCUACUGUUAGCAUAGCUAAUCCUCUGACCAGCCAUGUUUGUAAUGUGAAUAUGUACAGCUCUUCCAAUGUAUCUGUGAUGGGAGGUGUUAGCACCAGCGCUAGCAGCAGUGGUGGUGGCUUCCCCCCUAGUGUAAUGAGUUGCGGUGGGAGGGUUGGAGGUUUGAUGGGGAGUAACUCGAGCAUCACUAUGAUUUCUGCUGCUGCCAGUGGCUCUGUGGUGUUGGGGCCCUCCAGUGGCACACAGGGUGGAGGAGCUGCCAUACCUCAGCCAGGGAUGAGCUCCUCGGGCAUGGCUCUAGCCUCAGUCCCCUCCUCCCAGCCCCCCCCAACCCCAGCUCCUGCCACCACUAGCUCUCGUUUCAGAGUGGUCAAGCUUGACUCCAGCUCAGAGCCAUUUAAAAAGGGCAGAUGGACAUGUGCUGAGUACUAUGACAAGGAGACCCCAGCUUCGGCCCCUGCCACCUUGUCCUCUGAGGCUACUGCCCCUAGUGGCCGGGUUGUGGACAGCAUGCGGCCGUGUGGGCCUGAGUGUGUGAAAGUGGGGUCGGAGAGGGAGAACACCAGUGGGAGUUCAGUGAGCAGCACAGUCAGCACACUGAGUCACUACACAGAGAGUGUGGGAAGUGGAGAUGCUGGAGGCCCCCCAUUACUCCAGCCCCACCCUCACUACCAGGACUACUCCAACCCCCCUCCGUCCUUCCAGACCUCUCGCCCAGGUUUCCCCAUGGUGGUGUCCCAGUCUCAUCUGCUGCCCACCGUGGCUCCCUCAGUCCCUGCCAGCAUUCACCAGCCUGCCCCCAUCAACAUGGUGGGCCUCCAGACCACCAUAGGCCACCAAACCACUCCUAUGCCCCAGCAGCCGCUCACCUACGCCCAGGCAGCCUCCAUCCCGGCUCCUGGCUCAGCUCAGAGCCUAGUGGGGGUGCUCCAGAAGCAGAUGGGCUAUGCUCUUACACAGCAGCCUUCUGCGACUCCCCAGGUAGCCCCGGUGCACAGGCUGAGCCAGGGAGGGGGCAUGCCUCCAGACUCCAGACUACCUGCUGUCCCACAGGCCCUGCCUGGAUCCGGGCAGAUGAUGGGAGUCUCGCAGCAGCAGGUGGUUGGCUCCAUGCCCCAGCUCCAACCCCAGGGUCUCGUCCAACAGCAGCCCCAGCAGACCUCAAUCCAGGCCUCUGUUGCAGGAGGGGGGUUAAUGCCUCAGAUGGGCCCAGGAGGAGUGACUGGGUUUGGGCAGCAGCCACAAGGACACUCUCUCCCCCUGGACCACCAACAACAGCAACAACAGCAGUCAUUCCCAAGCAAAGCCCAAGGACUUGCCACCCAGCUGUCUAACACUGCCCUCCCUAACCAGGGCUGUCUAGUCUCGAAUGUGCUUCCUCCUAACCCACAGAGUGACUCCCAGCCCCAAAACGGCAGUGGCCUGGCCCAGUCUCACCCACAGGCACAGCCACCCGGGGUCAGCAUGCCCCAGGACUUCAGCAGUGCCCAGGCCCACACCCAGGCUGUGGCUUCCCAAGCCAGUUCCCUGUACGCCAGCCUGCCCUCCUUCACCACCACUCAGCUGGAGGAUGCCCAGCGCCUGCUCUUCCAGGACCAGUCUGCCCUGCUGGCCCAGACCAUGUCCAAGCUGGCUGGGGAGGGUGGCACUGCGGCAGGCCUGGGGACUGAAAGUAACGCAGCCGCCGCCACGGCCGUCAGUGCCUUAACCUCCUCUGCCGGACUCUUCAAAGCCGUGGAUGGAGACGAUGAUGGCCAGCUAGACGUGUUCAUAUGGCGGUCUUUGCCCCUUGGAAACCCCUGGACCACGGCUCACCUCCACAGCCGUAGCGAUAUUGGAGCUGAGGGAUGGCUACUGUUGUCACAUGAUGGUGUUCUCUGAGGAAUGUAUAAUCUAGGAGGGUAAUGUGGAUUACAGUCUUCUCGCAACCCAAAGCCCUUCACAAAUGAGCAGAUCAUCUUGGUGAAUUAGCCUCCUAGUCAGCAGUUUACCUUUUUGUAUGAAGAACUUUACAUUGACUUGUAUUGAGUUGAGCCUUGGCCACCAAAGGAUAAUCUAUUAAUAUGUGAGAAGUACAAUUUAAAUGUUCUGCAAAUGGAAUGGAGAUAGUAUGAUAAUUGAUGUUUGUGACAUGUAGAUGUAUAGACCUAAUUUUCUCAGUACCUGACAGAGCGUGCUGUAGCAGAUGUCAGUAAGAUGAUGUUGAGUAGCUGUGUCAGUGACAUGCCUAUACUGCCCAGGCAGCUCCACUGUCAGAGAGUUCAUCAGCGCAGGCAGCAGGAAUGAAUGAAUGCUUACUCCGUGUUAACCCCUCAUUACACACACGGCUAUGCUGCACACUCAAUCAGGGUGUUACGCCUCGGUCGUUGCGUUUUGGUACACCAGAAGUACAUUUGUUUCCAGUGGAACGCUGCGUUUGCCUUGCAGCAUUGCGUCGCAGAGGGAGUUGCAGUGCGUUCUGUGUGGUGCAUAUGUUGAUUUUAUCGAACGUGUCCAUCAAACUGUAUGCGUUGACAGCUUGACAGAAAUGUUAGCAAAGGGUGAAUGCUGUUUCCAUUUUGCCCAAUGACGCUGUCAGUAUGAUCUAGGUGUUAGUGUUUGGAGAUGGAUAACUAAUGACCGCUUUCUGCCUUCUAAAUUUGGGUCUCUAUUGUACUAGGCUAAUUGACAUCAUGCCUUCCAUCGUUUUCCCUUUCGUCCUUGUAAUGCUCACAGUGGUCAGAUUUUUUCCAUCCCUGAAAUGCAAAGUAUAUUGAGUCCUAUUGCUGACAUAAAUUUCUGUUUAGUUUCGUCCCAAAACACACAGGCCCAAGGUUUCAUCACGUUAGCAUCUUUGGUUGCAACCCCUAAGUACCCACUGAACUCGUCCCUUGCCAAUAAUUCUCCUUGUUUUAAUUGUUUUUUUCCCACAGCCUUUACUCUAUUGGACACUGAUAAAAACCUCUCACAGUGAAUUGUAAUGUUGUUACAAUAGAAAUGGGUUCUAUUUGUGACACUCCAUGCGCUGCAAGUCCGGCCUCCCAUCUCAUUGGUUUUUCAGGUCAAAUACCCACAGGCCAGCUCCUCAUUGGUGUUUAGGAGAAUAUACCCGUGUGGGUGAUUGAAAGAUGAACUGACGUCCACACUCCAGUCGGUUGUAGUAAUGCACCGUAAAGUUGGUUGCCAACUGCAUGUAAAGUCCAAAGAAGUAAAAAAAGAAGCCUGAGGAAGGAAGAGAUGAUGAGAGAGGAAUUCGGUUUACCGUUUAAUCUGUGGAUUAAUUGGGCUCCCGAGUGGUGCAGCUGUCUCGGUGCAUGAGGCGUCACUGCAGUCCCUGGUUCGACUACAGGCUGCAUCACAUCUGGCCGUGAUUGGGAGUCCCAUAGGGCAGCGCACAAUUGGUCCAGUGUCGUCCGGGUUUAGCCGGGGUAAACCGUCAUUGUAAAUUAGAAUUUGUUCUUAAUUGACUUGCUAGUCAAUUGCUAGUUCAUUUAAAAAAAAAAUGUCAGAGUAGAGGACAAUGUGCAUUUCAGGUAAAAUAACAACCCAAUGUUUAUAUCCCAGGACAAAUAAGCUAGCUAGCUAAAUUGCCAUAAAUGUUUAAUGCUUUUUGACCUGUCCCCAAUAGAAUAUAAUUGGUUCAGAGUUUUUGACAUUUCAUCCUGCGUGUCCUGAUUGUGUCUGGUGUGGGGGUACAAAAUCAACAUGCGCGCUUCCGGUUUGGUCAGCACAUUACUGUGUUCGGAGUUUGUUUUAACCAAUUUAUUGAUUAGAUUAUGAUAUAGGCUAUACAGUGGGGCAAAAACGUAUUUAGUCAGCCACCAAUUGUGCAAGUUCUCACACUUAAAAAGAUGAGGCCUGUAAUUUUCAUCAUAGGUACACAUUAACUAUGACAGACAAAAUGAGAGAAAAAAUCCAGAAAAUCACAUUGUAGGAUUUUUAAUUAAUUUAUUAGCAAAUUAUGGUGUGUGUCUUUGUCUUAUUUCAUCAAACAUUCUCAUUCUUUUUGUCACUGCAUAUAGUUGAUUUGAUUAAAAAACAGGAUGUGUCUAUAUACAGAACCAGUCAAAAGUUUGGACACUUUAUAAAACUUGACCAAUCUAUUGGUCAAGAGAAUACUCUGUCGACCAAGAUUUUCUUUAGUCGGCAACAGCCCUAAUAUAUAUAUAUAUAUAUAUAUAUAUAUAUAUAUAUAUAUAUAUAUAUGCAUGCCACUGCUCGAUUUAAAAAUAAGUAUUUAUUUAUUAUUGGUCGACCAACAGCUGACAAGUCGAAUAAUUAGGGUCAGUCCUAAAACAAACUUAGCAUGACCGGUGAAAGUUUCUUAUGGAUUAAGACCUUAAUUAUGUUUAUGGAUUUAAGACUUUUAUUAUGCCAUGUAAUCACACGCAAUGCUCCAGUUAGCAGAACGUGUGAUUGCAGUUCAUUUAAGAAUGUGAAUAAAAGCAGAAAUGAAUUACAAUCACACAGAGUAAGAUUGCCCGCUGGCUAGUUUGGUAACAUAAACACACUUCAGAAGCAGUAGGAAGGGCAUGAACAUUUAUCAUGAUCGUGUUGUGCAGUGAUGCUAACUAGUCCAUGAACACACUAUGAAGUGUUCAUAAUGGUCUCAAACCAACAAAAUUACAAUUCACUGUGAGGUUUUUAUUAUAAUGUCCAACAAAAUCAGAGUUAUAUUAAAAAGAACAUUCAAUUUGGCAAAUAUAAAGGCCAAAUGUAGCCUGUACUUCAAAAUACACACAUUCAAGCUAAAUAUGAAAGUAGUUUAACUGUUUCAUACGUGAGUUCCAAAUAUCUCUAAUGGUCGUCCCAGCAUGAGUUGUUUAAUGCACGUGAUGUCAGAAUGGACUAUCUGUUCCAAAAUGUGAUUUGUUACGCAUUUAACACGCGCUGGCUGCUAAUUAUGUAUAGGCUAUGUUUCAACUUGUCAAUUUCAAAUUAUUUUCUAACUAGUUGUAUUUUCUAACAGUUUGAAUUGAUGGUUGUUCUGCCUCAUUCAUUCACAUAGAAGUAGCCCAUUUCAGUGUUGCGGACAAUUUGUUUGAGGCCUUACUGAGCCGGACAAACUUCACUCUUCGAGGAGAGCCCUUCCCCAUUUCUUCCGCACAUCAAGUAUGCAGACAUUUGCUCAUUCUUGCAUGAACUGGCACAUUUUCUGGUUGGUGCUCGCAUUGCCUCCAUUGUUGUUUUCCUUACUAAUAAAAACUUUCCUAUCAAA